UUGUUUGAUCGGUUUAAAAGACCACAGAACCGUCCUUCCCUGCCCCCUUACGACCUCGUAGCCGUUUGCAACCACAAGGGUCAGCUGGAUUCCGGCCAUUACACAGCCAUCUGCCGUAACCUCUUUACCAACCAGUGGUGGCACUACAGUGACAAGAAGGUCGUCAAAGUGUCUGCCGAUCAGGUCGUUCAGGCGAGCGCUUACAUCUUAUUCUACAAGAAACGUGGUGCCUACAGCGACCGUGAGCAGCAGGAGCUUCGACGCACUUUGUCAAAGCUUGCCAUAGGGAGCCUGGGCACAUCGCCGUCUGUUUCGCCACUGUCGGAGGAGGGGACGACGACUAUGACCGAACAACACAUAUCGCCGCGCUCUGUCAUUCGGAAUUCCGGUCCGGAUUCUGACGAAAGCGGUGACAAGACGUCACAUCGGCGCGUAUUCGUUGGCCCUAUUGAUAAGCGUACUCGUCCACAACAAUCUCCGGCUGCGCGGAACUCCAGUACCAACCAAAGUCCACCUCUAUCCGAAGGGAAAUCGGAUCAGCCGGCUGUUGGUGACAAUGCCUAUCCAAAACAACCACCUCCU